UCAAAAACUGGGCAAUCAAGCAGUUUCGCAGCGCCUAAGAAGUGCAUGCACCCUCCCGCCUCACUCUCACCUUGGAGCCGCGUCGUCUGGUGAUAAAAAUCGCCCGUAGCAUGCGAUUUUACGCCGUACCUUCCUCCCACCCUUCUCGUCGCGACCAGCCCUCCUGCUGCUUGCGCGGGCCGCUGUCCAUGCUGCCCGCUGCUCGCGCUGCUCGCGCUCGCACUGCCCGCUGCCGCUUGCCGCUGUCCCCUGCUCGUGCUGCCCGCUGCCGCCCGCUGCUCGCGCUGCCCACUGUCCGCUGCUCGCCGCCCGCUGCGCUCCGCCCGCUGCUCGCCACCCGCUGCGUGCCGCCCGCUGCUAGCCGCCCGCUGCGCGCCGCAUGCUGCUCACCGACUGCUGCCCGCCGCCCGCUGCUCGCCGCCCGCUGCUCGCCCGCUGCCCGCCCGCCCGCUCGCCCGCGCGCGCAGCCUCCAGCGCAGCCGCCGCAGCCGCAGUUGCAGCCGCGGGAAGGGGAAGGAUAGAGGACGGAUAGGGGAAGGAAAGAGAGGUGGCAAAGGGGAAGGAGAGAGGACGGGAAGGGGAAGGAGAGAGAGGACAGAAAGGGGAAGGAGAGAGGGUGGGAAGGGGAAGGAUAGAGGACGAAUAGGGGAAGGAGAGAGAGGGCGGGAAGGGGAAGGAGAGAGGACCGUUGGGGGAGGGAGAGAGGACCGUAGGGGGAAAGAGAGACGACCUUUGCCCCUGCACUCAUGCUCGCCCCCAGCACCCAUGCCUUUCCCUCGUUAUCGGCGCCCUCCGUCAACCAACCACCCUCCUUCCCCGCAGGAGCUGGCAGCCUUCCGAGAGAAAAGGCAGAGAGAGUAAGGGCGAAUUUUGUGCCCUUCCGUGCCCCUCUCAUUGCCCUCAAUCCCAGCGUCUUCCCCUCUCUUCCUCUCCGCUUCCCCCUCUCUUCCUCUCCGCCUCCCCCUCUCUUCCUCUCCGCAUCCCCCUCUCUUUCUCUCCGCCUCCCCCUCUCUUCCUCUCCGCCUCCCCCUCUCUUCCUCUCCGCCUCCCCCUCUCUUCCUCUCCGCCUCCCCCUCUCUUCCUCUCCGCUUCCUCCCUCCUGCUCCCAUUGUCUCCCCCUGCUUUCAUUGCUCCCCCUCCCAUUGUAUCCCCCUGCUUUCAUUGCUCCCCCUCCCAUUCUCUCCCCCUGCUUUCAUUGCUCCCCCUCCCAUUCUCCCCCUGCUUUCAUUGCUCCCCCUCCCAUUGUCUCCCCCUGCUUUCAUUGCUCCCGCUCCCAUUCUCCCCCCCUGCUUUCAUUGCUCCCCUUCCCAUUCUCUCCCCCUACUUUCAUUGCUCCCCCUCCCAUUCUCCCCCUGCUUUCAUUGCUCCCCCUCCCAUUGUCUCCCCCUGCUUUCAUUGCUCCCGCUCCCAUUCUCUCCCCCUGCUUUCAUUGCUCCCCCUCCCAUUCUCUCCCCCUACUUUCAUUGCUCCCCCUCCCAUUCUCUCCCCCUGCUUUCAUUGCUCCCCCUCCCAUUCUCUCCCCCUACUUUCAUUGCUCCCCCUCCCAUUCUCUCCCCCUGCUUUCAUUGCUCCCCCUCCCAUUCUCUCCCCCUACUUUCAUUGCUCCCCCUCCCAUUCUCUCCCUGCUUUCAUUGCUCCCCCUCCCAUUCUCUCCCCCUGCUUUCAUUGCUCCCCCUCCCAUUCUCUCCCCCUGCUUUCAUUGCUCCCGCUCCCAUUCUCUCCCCCUGCUUUCAUUGCUCCCCCUCCCAUUCUCUCCCCCUUCUUUCAUUGCUCCCCCUUCCAUUCUCCCACUGCUUUCGUUCCUCAUCCCUGCUCCAGUUCUCACCCCUUCGUCAUUCUUCCUCCCCUCGUGUCUUCCAUUUCCUCCCAUUCCUCUCCCUCAUUCCCUUCUCACCCCCGUUUUGCUGGUUUCAGGGCGGGCACGGCUGCCCUGGGGACAUGACCUUUGGGGGGUGCCAUUUUCACCCGAAUUUUACCGCGUAUUUGCGUGUAUGGAUUUUAGGGGAAUUCACAGGUGCAUGCAAUGAAAUGAAAUUUAUAAGCCCAUGUGCUAACAAAAAGGGAUUUGACUCGCCGUGUAAUAUUCGUAGCACCAUUUCCUUGUGUCCCUACUGUUGGACCAAAUAUG